AUGGCCGAAAGUAAAGUCCCAGCGGAUUAUAUCCUAGUCGAGGGCUACCCCUCGGUUGGGGAUUACGUCCAUCUGCGCACAGCAUCGGGGCUGACGCCCAAGAAUGCAGAGCAGGCGAGCGCCGCCAUCCAGGGCAGCUGGUACGGCGUGUGGGCGGCCGAGGCGUCGUCUCCGGAUAGGGCCGUGGCCAUGGGUCGCAUCAUUGGUGACGGCGGAUGGUACUUUUUGGUGGCCGACAUGGCGACGCUGCCAGAGCAUCAGCGCAAGGGGCUGGCUGAUGUUAUCCUCAAGAAGCUCUUGGCGCGGAUUCAAAGCCAUGCGGCUAAAGGAAACGCGUACGUCACGCUUGGUGCAGACGUCCCAGGCCGUAGGUUGUAUGAGAAGAACGGGCUCAAAGACACAAUGCCAGAGGUGAUGGGCAGUAAGUAA